AAUAAUAUGAAUUAAAUAGAAUAUAAUUUUAUCCGAAAUAAUGGGGCCAACUGUUCCAACUUCUUGAUAGAAACUUACUUAACCAAAUAAACAUGUAUCUAUUUUUAUCUUUCUUUCUAAAUAAAUAAGGGCAGGUGAUAAUAGAUACUUUGCAUGUAUCUUCCCAAAUAAAUUUGAAUAAUCGGUUCUUAAAGUACAGAUUCUAAAGCAUGUGUUCUGUUAAAAUGGUUAGUUUGUGUGUUUGAUUUCUUUGCUUCGCGCUUUUGGUAACGAUAUGUUUAAAUCUCGUAGGUACAUACUGCAUGAACAGAAUGAUGUGCUACGUGUCAGCAUAUUACUACAUUUAUUACAGUAUCAGGCAGUAUAAUAAAAGUAGUCAAAAAUAAUAGAUAGAAUAAAUAAGUUUAAUAAGAAAGAAAGAAGUCUUAUUCAUGAAAGACGAGCCAGUGAAAACGUCCGAAAACGUCUUUCGUCCUGAUUAUUACAUCCUGUAUUAUUGCUAUACACAGAAUACAUUUUCGCGACCCACUUGUUAUUUUAUCAUAUAUUAAUUCAGUUGUUGAUCAAUAGCUUCAUUUUUGAUGUUAUUGUGAAUGUGCUGUACUACAAAUUUUAUUUGAUAAAUAAUCUGAUCGGUCAAAUAAAUGCAUUAUAAUUAAGUGCAUAGAUCGCACUUUACAAAGUUAGAUGUAUCAGAAAGCUCCAUAAUCGUAAGGUUUUUGUUUAAAAUCCUUGACAAAUAAUAUUAUUUACAUCUAUGAAUACAUUGUGAUGAUAUUGUUAUCAAGAUAAUAUAUAUUAAAAUUGAGAACUAUGUUAUACACUAUACAGGUAUUUGUGCUCUCGUUAUUCGUGCCAAAUGAUAUUUAUCUUUUUAAUCUUUUCGAUCUUUUGAUUGAUUUUUUAUCUUCUCCUCUGUCUAAUGAAUUGUUUCAUCGUGAUUGUAGAAACCCCUAUUCAAAAUUCACAGUAUUGUAGAAGAAAUUUUAUACUUACAUCAAUAUAUGGUAUUCUUUGUGUUCUUUAUGUUACACAAACAUUUUAUGUUCUUUGUGACAUACUGGGUUUAUACGCUUGCACGAUAAGAAUUCGAGAAAAUUAGAAUCAUUACGCAUUUGCAUCAAAUUGUAAAAACCUGGACCGGGAUAUGUCAGAAAUGACCUCAAAGAUUUUUCAAUUCAAUUACAACAGCAUUGAAAAGUAUUUACGACUCGCAAUUUUUUUUUAAAUGAACAACAUUCUUUUGAGUGAUGUGAAUACAUAAUUUAUUUACCUUAUUACAAUUUACAGAGAGCUCUUCUCGAAUUAUAAUGUAAGUUAUAUUUUUAGAAAAAUUAAAUAAUGUAAAUUUAUUUUUCAGUUAAUAUAUUGGUUUCAUUUAUUACAGCACACCUAUUUACUUAAGAUUAAAAAUUAAUUUAUUUCUUUAAUUUUCUUAAUUGCUUUAUAUUAUUAGAUAUUAAUACCUGUCCUUGUUUUUGUAUAAGUUUAUUUGAAGAUACUAAGCUUAAUUAAUAAUUUUUUUAAUGCAUUUCAUUUAUUAAAAUGGCAUUACGCUGGCAUGCAAUCCAAUGUUAUAAAAUACCCGAAGUAGUAUGUUGGUUUCUAUUUUGCGUGAUACACCAAGAAGGAUUACAACUCGCGCGCUUGUCAGAGUAUUUUGUGUGUUUCCAGAAAGUUUUACUAUUUUCCUUCAAAAUAGUCUGUAUCGCGAACGUCAAUAUAAUCAAUAUACUUACUUGUGAAACGUGUCGAUUAACAAUAAGUGUUGAAAAUGGAGAAGAUUCACAUCCACAUGAAAGACAACUUACCUUUGAUAGACCACAUCUUACGUCCAAUAUCAUAUACCUCGUGGCUUCUGGGUGCCGGUGUUGCACAUCCGCGCAAAUACUCUAAGAUUGUCACGAUAAUCGUACAUAUAAUUUAUUUGGUUCUGUGUAUUAUUGGCAUAAUAUUAGAGAUAAAAUUUGUAAUGUAUGAUAUGGAUAUCUUCAGAAGCAUAUACUCCUUUUUAAUCUGUAGUUGUUUUAUGAUAAAUUAUGGAUCUACAUAUUACCGCAUUUAUCAAGUGAUUAGGCAAUACGAUAAGUGGUCGGAGCUAAUGGAUAAAAUAAAGAAGUUCGAUCAGAAAAUUAGAAAGGAAAUACUUAUAAAUGACAAGCCAGUGAAAAUUGCGGAAGUAUUAGCAAUUCUAGUGACGUUUACUUGUUGUCCUUUGUGCAUAAUUGUGAAUAUCUUGUAUUAUUAUUUUACAUAUUCAAAUCCGAUAAACGGGAUUGACAAAAUAUUUUAUUACUACAUGUUGGCCCAAUCUCUCAUCAAUGGCUUUGUCUUUGAUAUUGUUGUCUAUGUGCUGUAUUAUAGAUUACAAGCAAUAAAUGAAUUGAUUGGCCAAUUGAAUGAGCUAUCUGACGCGUUUAAGAUUAGACGCAUCCGAAAAAUGCAUAAUGGUGUUUGUGAUCUUGUCAUCAUGGUAAAUGACAUUUAUGGUUUUAAUCUUCUUAUCUGCUCGGUGAACUGUUUCACUAUGGUUCUAUCUCAACUAGCCAUAAUCUACUUGGUAGUUACAAAAAUAAUCACACCUUCAUUGAUGUAUUAUGUUGAACUUAUUACUUCUUUGAUUCUGUACACCAUGCAAUUUGGUCUGAUGUGUUGGAAUUGCACGCUUGUGCGUCGAGAAUUCCACAAAACUGGCAUAAUUAUGUACGACAUUGUGCUAAAUUUCAAACAUACAAAUCUUGAAUUAAAAGAGAGGAGGAGUCAAUCAAAUCCAGAAAUGCGACUAUCAGUGGAAGGUCCGAAUAGUUGGCAAAAUUCUGUUUGGAACAGUAGUCACUAUCUGAACAACAUCGCCGCAAAAAAUUUGCAACAUCAUGCAGAAAAUCUAUCCAAAAACUUGAAUUGUGAACGUAUUAGAAACGAGAUGAAUGAUUUUUUGAAUCAACUACAACAUAGUCGAGUAGUAUUUACAGCCUAUGAUUUCUUCGAAAUAAACAAUGCACUGUUUAGUGGUUUUAUUGGCGUAAUCAUCGUUUAUUUGACAAUCUGUACUCAAUUUUUUCUAGAUAUGAAAGCAUCUGAAAAUAUUAAUAAGAUAUUGCAACAUGUUUUGCAGGAGAUACAGCGAGUUGUAACUGAUGUGUAGCAAUGUCUGCAAUUUAAUGUAUCUAAAUCGGAAAUGUAGUAGGUUGUCUUUUAUUUUUACGUGCAUGGAAUAUAAAAAAGAAUUCAUGACGCGCGCUUGUCAAAGUGUUUCAGAAAACUUCACAGGGACAUAAAAUUGGUUGAGUUAGAGUUAGGAAAAAUUCCGGAGUGGAGGUGCAGGGAGGGGUGCUUUGCCCCCCUCCCUCCGCCCACACGUUUCCUUUUGCACCUUCCCAUGUGUGUGUGUGUGUGUGUGUGUGUGUGUGUGUGUGUGUGUGUGUGUGUGUGUGUUGUACUUUGUUAAACGUAAUAUUUACCGUUUUUUGUUAUUUUUCAUAACAAUUAUUUUUCAUAACAUCUUAGAAAAUGCAAGCAAUCCCCCAAAAACAGUUUUAGAUUUAGGCAGCAAAAAUAUAUACGACUCUACUACCUUUUAAUUGAUUUCUCGUAUAGGCCCUAAUUGUACAUAUUUACCAAAAUGGCCGAAAAAAUUAGUAAGUUACAUAUUUUUCGGACUCCCCUAAUUGAUUAUCACUAUUAGUCAUAACAAAAAUUUUUACAAAGAAACCUGCAAAAAAACUUCAAAAUUGGGGAAAGCCAUGAUUCUAAACAUUUACCUAAAUUUUGAUUACAUCUUUUAUGUUUUUUAAUUAUAUGUAUACAAAAAAGUCACUUAAGUUACUAUAUAAACAAUAAAUUUCAGAAUGCAUUAAAAGAAAUAAUAUGAAUUAAAUAGAAUAUAAUUUUAUUCAAAAUAAUACGGCCGAUUGUUCUAACUUCUUGAUAAACUUAACUUACCAACUAUCAUGUAUCUAUUUUUACCAUUUUUUCUAAAUAAAUAAAGGCAGAUGAUAAUAGAUACUUCGCAUGUAGCUUCCUAAAUAAAUUAGAAUAAUCGAUUCUUGAAGUAUAGAAUAUAAAUUCUAUGUAACCCAACGCCAAUCUGAAUAUUAUAUUUAUUACACAAUUUAAGUAGAAAUAGGCCAUAUUUAAUAAUU